AUGGCGGAGCGCUUCACCCAGAUCAAAGCGGCGUUCGACCUCUUCGACCGCAACAUGGACGGUUUCAUUACCGUCGAAGACCUAGGAGCUGUGUUGGAGUCCUUGGGUCAAAACAACACUGCAUUCGAACUGCAGAGCAUGAUCGCAAUGGUUGAUUCUGAUGGGGAUGGCGCCAUCAAUUUUGAGGAAUUCUCAAUGUUGAUGGAACUCAAACCGAACGGCGUUGAUUCAGAUGAGGAAAUGACUAGAGCAUUCAGGAUGUUUGACAUGGAUAAAGAUGGCUUCAUUUCUGAAGCUGAGCUCUGCCACAUCAUGUACAACCUUGGAAGUAAUCUGAGUGGCGAUGAAGUGAAGGAGAUGAUGCGGGUAGCGGACACGGAUGGCGACGGCCGUCUGAGCUACGAGGAGUUUAAGCAAAUCAUGCACCGCAUUUGA